CAAUAUGUCGCAUGGGGCGAUCAGGACUGUUUCCAGCACCUCAACAACGUCCUUUACGCCCGCUACUUCGAGUCCGCCCGCCUGACCUGGAUCACUCAGCUUUGCCAAGUUUCGUCCCUCUCACAGCAACUCCACGACGGACUAGCUCGCGCCAGAGGGCUAGGCAUGAUUCUCGCUCAGCUCAAUAUCAAGUUUCGCCGGCCUGUAGUCUGGCCAGACACACUCCUCAUCGCGGGCGAGGCCGUCGAGCUGGAAAAGGACCGCUUCACCAUCCGCGCUGGCAUGUACAGUUUGAAGGCUUGGGAAGACUAUCUGGACAAGCAAAACAAGGGCGAGGCAAAGAGGAUACCAGGACCCGUCGCGACGGCCGAUCAGAUAUGCGUGACGUACGACUACGACAAGCUGGCCAGGGCAGACAUGCCCGUGGAGCUGGCCGAGGCGUUGCGCACCUACGGG